AUGAAGUUGGUGCUCUGUCGUACGCGAGUUACACCACCAGUUGGUGCUUUGCAUGAUGUGGUUGUUGUUGCUGCUAUUAAUGGCGUUCGUAUCGCAGCCUUCUUUCAUCUCUGCGAUAUCGAGAAAGUACUGGAAUUGGUGGACCCGGUGCACUUUUCGGAAACUGAUCUCAACUGUACACCGCCGUUACCGGUGGCUGCCGCGGACCAGCCGUCAGCUCGUUUCUUCUUGAAAAGUGGGUCUGUUCGCCUUACUGAUGCAUUCUGCGUGAAUCGGACAGUGCCGCAUUUGCUUGUACAUCGUGCCAUUCGUUUCAGUGGAAGCCCUCCUAAUAUUGCCGGUGCUCAGUCCGUGUUAUUAUUUGUUGCGACGGCUUUUACUGCUGCUGUGCUGCUGUUGUCAACCGUGCAUUGGUAUUACGUAUGGACAUUUGUUGCCGAAGAGAAGCGACAGAAUAAGCUUUAUUUUUUACUCUCAUUAUUCCCGGUAAUUAUUUUCAGUAGCGCGGGACAUCGAUGCUUUCACAGAUUUGUAUAUAUAGUUCUAGAAGCAAGCAGCUUGCUUUGA